AUGUCUCGUACGGAAACAAAGCCACCAGCAGUGGUCAUUAUAGCCCGACAUGGCAUGCGACUGGACGCGGCAGAUCAGUCAUGGCAUCUGUCGACACCGACGCCCUACGAUCCACCGCUCACGUAUGGAGGCUGGAACCAGUGUCGCGCCCUGGGUGUGCGGAUCGCAAGUCUUCUGCAUGCUCGGGAGCAAGAGCAGAGCGUGGGAGACGGCAGUAGGAAGAGGAAGAGGAAACACAAAGUCGUCAUACAUACCUCGCCGUUCUUGCGAUGCCUCCAGACGAGCGUGGCCAUCUCAGCAGGCAUGGCUCAGUACGAACCGCCCAAAGAGAUGCCAAGGACACCGGCAACGAUGCACUCGGCCUCGCCCAAGUUGCGCGCAAAGGAUGCACCAAAGUCGCCUCACCUGCGACCCAUCACUGAGCCGAGCCACGACUUUGCGAGGGAUCGGGCGCGGAGAGCACUCGACGGGCACUCGCAGAAGAAGUAUCGCAGGUCGAAGAUCCGGGUGGAUGCCUUCUUGGGAGAAUGGCUCAAUCCGGGCUACUUUGACCAGAUCACACCGCCUCCCCCGAGCCCCAUGAUGGUUGCAGGCGCAAAGGCGGAGCUGAUGCAGAACGAUCCGUUGGACAACUAUACUCCCACUUUGUCGCAUAAGUCGUCCAAGAGUAGUUUGUGGGGUGCUACCAACAGCAGACCUUCGGCGAGUCGAGAGACCACUCUGGAUGAUUGGAGCCAUGUUCGCGAUGCUCUGGACGUGCCUACCGGUCACCGCUCGAGAUCUAAUAGUGUCAGCAGUGCCGGUAGCAACGAGAGUUCUGGUCGCAAGUCACCGUUUCGAGCACAACACGCGCUUCACGCAUUGACAUCGAGAGUUCCUCCUCCUGGCCCAGAGAAUGCGAUAUAUCACCCGCCCAUCCCCUCAUAUGCGAUCUCUAAUAGCGACAACAUUCCCCGAGGCUAUGUGACUCACGCACGAAACGCAACAGUUCACGUCGACUACCAGUGGGACAGCAGUAGGCCUCCGCAAGAUUGGGGUGGUGGCGGGAACUAUGGUGAAGAGUGGUCAUCGAUGCAUAGGCGGUUCCGACGAGGUCUCAACAGUCUGAUGCAGUGGUAUAGCCAGCACAAUGCAGACGAUCGUGCGGAAGACGCGCUGGGCAUCGAGCAGGCGGACAAACACCACGAGGAGGAAGACGAGGAAGAGCUGGUCGUCAUACUUGUCACACACGGCGCUGGUAGUAAUGCGCUCAUUGGUGCUUUGACGAAUCAGCCGGUGCUGCUCGAUGUUGGAAUGGCGAGCUUGACAAUGGCCGUCAGGAAAGAUGAUGCGCCUGGUUUAUUGUCACCGCCGAGCUCGAAUCCAGGAAGUCCUAGUCCCACAGGAACGCCGUGCUCGUCUCCAGAUCCUAUUAAGAUGAUGAACGGUAGCGGCAGGAGGAGCAGCUUGGACAUCGGCUUGAGCGCGAUCUAUGACAUGAGGCUUGUAUCCUCCUCCGAACAUCUGAGGCCAGGUGUGGAUCCGACAAAAGCUACUUCGUCCACAAUUUCGAACAUGCGAGGUGCACAAGAAGCGCUUGCGAGGUAUAAGCAGUUCGGCUCUCUACCUCACGCUCCAGCUGGUGUUGGCGCUGAAGUGACCUUGAACUUGCAGAACCCGAGCGGGAGAAAGAGCAACCCUAGUGCCGCCCUCGGAUCCAUGAGAAGGCCGAGCGCCUCGAGCAUCCCUCAAAGACUGCCUUCACCAGCGAACUUUCCGAGGCCUAGCGCGAUGGAACCGGAGGACAAGCUCCCUGCGACCACCGGCUUAUGGACACCACCAGGCACUGUAAGUCCUGGCCUGUGGACACCGCCAUCAGGAAGUACCCCACGCCUGGAUGCCCAAAGGAUGAAAGACGAGAAGAAUGCAAUCUUCUCGAAACUCAAUGAGACCAAUGGACGGACAAGCCCUGGCCAUAAGAUGCUGAAGUUCGCCAACUCGCCGCCCGACUCAAGACGGAACAGUUCCAAUGCGAGGGGGCGUCCCAGCCAGGCCAAUGGAGACCAAAAGCCAGAGCCAAAGCAACAGGACAGUGUCCUCGCUGAGAGUGAAGACGGUGUGUCUGAGCUUCCUCUCAAGGUCGGCGAAGCGCCACCUCAGUCGUUGAGCAGAGGCCUUAGCGUGAAGGCACUCUGGGGUAAACAGGCUUCCGGUGAUAGAGUCGUCAGAAGGUUCGAUCCUACGCCUAAGAGACGCUGGACUGUAAACCAGAAUGAUGGCCAUGUUGAAUAUUACGAGGCGUAG